AUGGCUACACAUGACGUCCAAGAAUUGAAAUUACUUUUUUCUUUGUUUGAUACCGAUCAUGAUGGUCGUAUUACACAAGAUGAAAUUAAACAGCUAGUUGAAACAGUCUCAGGUUAUUCAUGGACAGAAGAGCAACUUGCUGCAUUCAUGAAAAUAGUUGAUACCGAUAAUUUAAGUGGUGAUGGUUGUGUUGACAAACAAGAAUUUGAACAAGUAAUGAAAGAAAAAGGAAAAGAUUUAAAUCAAGAUCAAAUCAAAAUAUUUAAUAAAAAAUUUCAACAAGAUGAAAAUAGUAAAGUUACUUAUGAACAAUUCAUUGAUGGUGCAAUGGAAAUCUACAAAAAUAUUAAAUUUAAUUGA